AAAGCCUUUGUCCGGCUUUCUCAAAUUAUUGCCGAGCCACACCGCUACCUAUAGAUUUAUUUGAAAACUUCUCGCACAAUUUCUAACAAUGAGGGAGAUUGUUCACAUUCAAGCCGGUCAGUGCGGAAAUCAAAUCGGUGCCAAGUUUUGGGAGGUGAUUAGUGAUGAACAUGGAAUCGACCCAACUGGAACCUACCAUGGAGACAGUGACCUCCAGCUGGACAGAAUCAGUGUCUACUACAAUGAAGCUACAGGAGGUAAAUAUGUGCCAAGAGCCAUUCUAGUGGAUCUGGAGCCUGGCACCAUGGACUCUGUGCGUUCAGGGCCCUUUGGACAGAUCUUCAGACCAGACAACUUUGUAUUUGGACAGAGCGGGGCUGGUAAUAACUGGGCCAAGGGCCACUACACAGAGGGUGCCGAGCUUGUAGACUCGGUUCUGGAUGUGGUCCGCAAGGAGUCCGAGAGCUGUGACUGCCUGCAGGGCUUCCAGCUCACUCACUCCCUCGGUGGUGGAACCGGCUCUGGCAUGGGUACCCUGCUGAUCAGCAAAAUCCGCGAAGAGUACCCAGACCGCAUCAUGAACACCUUCAGCGUGGUGCCUUCCCCAAAAGUCUCUGACACCGUAGUGGAGCCUUACAACGCCACGCUGUCCGUCCAUCAGCUGGUGGAGAACACAGACGAGACCUACUGCAUAGACAAUGAAGCCUUAUACGAUAUCUGCUUCCGCACCCUCAAACUCACCACCCCCACAUACGGUGACCUCAACCAUCUUGUGUCCGCCACCAUGAGCGGCGUCACCACCUGCCUGCGCUUCCCCGGCCAGCUCAACGCCGACCUGCGCAAGUUAGCCGUCAACAUGGUGCCAUUCCCACGUCUGCACUUCUUCAUGCCCGGCUUCGCUCCUUUGACCAGCCGAGGCAGCCAGCAGUACCGCGCCCUCACCGUGCCUGAGCUCACACAGCAAGUUUUCGACGCCAAGAACAUGAUGGCGGCCUGCGACCCAAGACACGGGCGCUACCUGACCGUCGCCGCCGUCUUCCGAGGCCGCAUGUCCAUGAAGGAAGUGGACGAGCAGAUGCUGAACGUCCAGAACAAGAACAGCAGCUACUUCGUGGAAUGGAUCCCCAAUAACGUCAAAACCGCCGUCUGCGAUAUUCCACCUAGGGGUCUCAAAAUGGCCGUCACCUUUAUUGGUAACAGCACGGCCAUCCAAGAGCUGUUCAAGCGUAUCUCCGAGCAGUUCACGGCUAUGUUCAGGCGUAAGGCUUUCCUGCAUUGGUACACAGGUGAGGGGAUGGACGAGAUGGAGUUCACCGAGGCCGAGAGCAACAUGAAUGACCUGGUGUCCGAGUACCAGCAGUAUCAGGACGCCACCGCCGAGGAAGAGGGCGAAUUCGAGGAAGAAGCCGAGGAUGACGCUUAAGAAGGAAACUAAAGGGUGUUUUGGGGAGGUGGUAGUGUGUUUAAGUUUUGAGUAAAUGUAGCAAACGCUUAUGGAAGUGUCUCAAUCAGAUAAAGUAGAAAUUAGCACUAGACAAAAUGGGGCCAAAAAUGACCAGAGGAAGGCAGAAAGAAUGUUUUUUAAACUUGGAGUGGGUAACAGUGUUUACGAUUACAGUUCACUCUUUUAGUGUGUAUGAGUGUAUUAGUUUACCGUUCUGACGGUGCGGUACAGAACAGGGAAGCGUAAAGUGGCAAACAUCCAGGUAGAAUCAGUGUUACGAAUUGAAAGGACUGUAACAUCCAUUUAGCUUUUAUUUGAACGUUUGCUCUGUCUACAAAUAACCGGAGUAAAAAUUGUUUGUGUGUUUUUUUUU